AUGUCUUGCUUGCCACAUUUAUUCCGUAAAAAGAAGAAAAAGCAACAACCGGAUGAAACAGAACUGAAAAACGAAGAAAAAGAAGCAGAAAAAACGAAGGUAAUUUCGGAAUAUAAAUCGGCCACUGACAAUAAUUUACAUAUAAACCCCAACGAUGGAAUAUCUCAACUCUUGGAAGCAGAAAGAAGAGCAAAGGAGAAAAUAAAUGAAGCACGACAACGUAAAAGAGACUUGUUAAAAAAAGCUUCAGACGUCGCUAAAUUUGAAUCUCAGCAACUAACACGAAAAAUUAAAGAAAAAUAUGACAAGGAAUAUGCAGCUUUGAAAGCCUCCAGAGAACAGUCAGCCAUGGAAGUGGAUCGAUCGCUGGCAAAAACAUUGAAGUCAAUGAACGAUGAAGCUAAUUACAAUUACAGCACCGCCAUCAAACUCCUCUUCGAAAGGGUUGUGUACAUCGAUCUGAAAAAGUACUCAUCAAAAGAAAGUGGCAAACAAUUAAAAGAUGAAUAUUACCUAGUUAAUACGAGCUGA